UAUAAAAUGAAGAAUCAGAUACAUACUGCCAAGGAGCACAUACAGAUAGCCAACUCUCUGUAUAUAGAAGACGAACUAGAGGAAGCACUCCAGCACUAUAAUACCGCGCUGAGCCUUGAACCGCGUUCUGUCGAUGGAUAUCUCAAACGCUCGGCAUGUUAUUACAAUUUAAAGCAAAAUUUAGAGUCCAUCGAGGAUGCAAAUAAGGCUAUUUCGAUUGACAGUUCGUGUGCAGAAGCGUACUAUCGAAAAGGAGUUGCCCUGUUCUCGGAGAAGGAAUACGAGUCCGCGCGGGCAGCGUUUAACAAAGCGUGUGAGAUCAAGCCGGAUGCACAAAAGUCCAGGAUUUGGCUGAACAAAUGCGAUGCGGAGUUGCGAAUGGAAGACGGGUCGUCUGGCCAUGAACCGUUAUCGAGUCCUGCUCCAUCUGAGAAGUUGGCAGAAGCCAAGCCGGCGGAAGCACCGAAGCCUGCUGAGGCCGUGGUAACUGGAACGACUGGGAAAGCGAAUUCAAUUAAGCACGAUUGGUAUCAGACGGACACUUAUUUGACGAUUAACAUUUUUGCCAAGUCUGUCAAGCCUGAGCAGCUUGAAAUUGACAUCCAAGAAAGGAGAUUGGUGGUAAAGAUUCAUUUGAAUCCUCCGCAUGUCCUCGAUUUUCGCUUAGAUGGAUGCGUCGUUCCCGGGGAGUGCCGGCAUGUGCUUUAUACGUCCAAGGUUGAGAUUUAUUUGAAGAAGCAGUACCCAGGGAUGUGGAAGGCGCUAGAAGAGACAGAGUCGUCCGUUUCGGCAGACGAAACCAAAAAGAACAUUCUCGCGUAUCCGAGUUCGCGCGGCGCGAAGAACUGGGAUGCGCUGAAGCCGGAGGACGAAAAGUUGACCGGUGAUGCCGCCGUAGACAAACUAUUUCGAGACAUUUAUAAGGGCGCCUCAGAUGAGCAGCGCCGUGCCAUGAUGAAGAGUUAUUUGGAGAGUGGAGGAACCGUUUUGUCAACGAAUUGGGACGAGGUUAAGAAAGGGAAGGUUCAGGGAUCCCCGCCAAAUGGCACAGAAAUGCGAUAUUGGAAAGACGCUUAGUCCGUACGAUUGUUUAUUUGGUACAUUUGGCGGUGUUUUGAGGUUGUGUUUUUCAAUGAUAAUAUUUGAGGGCAAUUUCUUGAACUUUUUAAUGGAAGGCCGAAGAAAAAUUGCCCCAUUCAAAAUGCCCAGGUCCGUUGAUUCGAACUUCCUCCUCUAAAGUGUAGAGCAUUUGCUCGUGACUUUUGGAGGCAUGAAGAUGCUUGUAAAACGGCUCUUUGGUCAAUGUUUUGUUUUCUCCAAACAUCUUUAAUACUGUAUAUUUACUGAGUGGGUACCCAUUCUCGUAUUGAAUGCAAUUCCUGAUAUAAUCCAUGCACACUUCUUUUUGAGGUCUGGGACUCUGUUCACUAAAGAUGCUGCAAUUGAUCAAGGCGCCCCUUCCGAUCAUAACUGAAGAGCAUCCGGCCGUUUCCUUCGCUUUGUUAAUGUCUUCAAAUUUGCGAAUAUCUCCGUUGAAAAUCAGAGGAAUGUGAACAGACUCUGACAAAAUUUUCACGAGCGAGGGAAAAGCCGGUUCUCGAGGCCUCUGCUCAACGUAUCUUGCAUGAACUGCUAUGGCUGCGGCACCUGUUGCUUCUAUGGUUUUGACCAAAUCAACUGUGUCUUCUAUUUUGUUCAACAGGCGAAUUUUGCACGUAACGGGUUUGUCAAUAUGACGUAAGAGACCUCCGAGAAUCAGCUUAACGCGCUCUCGGUCUUUCAAAAGCGCCGCCCCCAUUCCUCCUUGUAAAGAGAAACGUUCCGGACAACCCAUAUUGACGUCGAUCGCAUCGUAGUCAGGAUACAUAUUCAAUGCGGCCUCAACGGCAUAUCUAUCGCUAGCGGUACCAAGCUGAAUGACCGUGGGAUGGUCAUCCUUGCAGGUCCUCCAUAUGCAUUUAUUUUCACGCUUGCAGACAUAAUCAAUCGUCCCCAGCUCGCCUUGGAUUUUUUUCAAAUCGUCAGCGUCUUUCAAAUCUUUCAACACCUCCCUACACGCACUUACUAUUCACGGUUCGUUGGCACUGAAUCAAUUUCUUAUCUAUGAGUUCUUCGCUGUACACGAUAUCCGCUCCGUACUUGAGCGCCAACAGUCUGAAGGCGAGAGUUCCCUAAAAUUUUCACGCUCAGGAAAAAAAAAAGUUGGAGGGAAAAUAUCCAUUGCAAAAAGGAUACAACUCGAACCAUCGGCGCGAGAAUGACUUUGUUUUUGUAGUCUAUUUCAGAGCGCAUUUUUUCUAGAAUUGAGAGCGAUGUGUACACAUUAGGCCCUUUUCGGUUCCUCGACCACGAAACAAUUCCUUUUGUGUUAUCUCAAAAAUAAAUUUAUUAUUUUUUUUUAUUGCGUCA